AUGGGUCCUCCCGAUCACUUUCUGAGGGCUCUCAGAUCCUCCGCAGCUCGUGGCUGGUCUGGUAGCCGUCCUAUCUCGUACAUACGUCCGCGUUGGGUCUGCCCAUCUUGCAGCCAUGGUCAAUCUAAGCGAUGGUCUACAACGACCAGCUCCGGCACCUCAAGCAGUCCCGCGAAACCAUUCUACGUGACGACACCUAUUUUCUACGUCAAUGCAUCACCACAUGUCGGUCACAUGUAUAGCAUGGUACUCGCCGAUGCCAUCAAGCGCUGGCAUGUCCUCCGUGGGCGCAAGGCCCUCCUAUGCACCGGUACCGACGAACACGGCAUGAAGGUCCAGAGAGCAGCGGCCCAGCAGGGCAUCCCUUCCAAGGAGUUCUGCGACUCCAACGCGCAAAAGUUUCGCGAAUUGGCCGCCCUCUGCGGCAUGGACAACGACUUCUUCGUGCGCACCACGGACCAGGACCACAUUUACGCUGUCCAGCACUUCUGGUUCAUGCUGAAAGAGAACGGUUACAUCUACGAGUCGAAGCAUUCCGGGUGGUACUGCGUGAGCGACGAGUGCUUCUACUCCGAGACCGAGAUCGAAAAGACGGCAGUACCGCAGACGGGCAAGACCAUCAUGGCAUCCAUUGCCAGUGGAAACGAGGUCGAAUGGAUUGAAGAGAAGAACUAUCAUUUCCGCAUGACCGCCCUGCGAGACCAGCUCCUCCGUUUCUACGAGGAGAACCCGGACUGGAUCGUGCCGAGGGCGAAGAUGAACGAGGUGGUCCAUUGGGUCAAAAACAACCUGGAAGACUUGUCUAUAUCGAGACCCGUCAGUCGGCUGGACUGGGGCAUCCGCGUGCCGGACGACCCGUCGCAGACCAUCUACGUAUGGGUCGACGCGCUCAUCAACUAUCUCACCAAGGCCGGCUUCCCCGCCUGGGCGCCGGGCCAAGAACAACGAGGCGGGUGGCCUGCCGACGUGCACGUCAUCGGGAAGGACAUCCUGCGCUUCCACGGCGUUUAUUGGCCGGCGCUGCUCAUGGCCGUGGGUAUCCAGCCGCCCAAGCAGCUCUUGAGCCACGCGCACUGGACCCUGGGCAAGCGGAAGAUGUCCAAGUCGCUGGGCAACGUCGUCAACCCGUUCUUCGCCAUCGAGCGGUGGGGCGUGGACACGAUGCGGUACUUCAUGCUGCGGGACGGCGGCAUCGAGAACGACGCCGACUACGAAAACUCGCUCGUCUUUGCGCGGUACGAGAAGGACCUCCGGUCCAUGCUCGGCAACACCCUGAGCCGCAUCACGCGGAGCGCGCGGUGGGACGUCGCCGAAGCGGUCGCCUGGGCGCGCGCCCACGAACACAAGACGGGCUCCCGCUACCGCGAGAAGGGGUGGGCGAAACUCGCGGAGCAGGUCGACGCCACGCCGCGGGCCAUGGCGGCGGCUAUGGAGGAGGGUGGACCGAACCCCGGCGUCGCCAUCCGGGCGGCCAUGGAGCUGCUGGCCGAGGCGAAUCGGUACUUCGCCAGCCGGGAGCCGUGGGACGCGACCAAGGUGCCCGAUGCCGAGUCCAGGAACAAGAUUGUUUUCCACGCGGCCGAGGCGGUGCGGGUAGCUGGCAUCCUCAUGCAACCCUUCAUGCCGACCAAGAUGGCCCAGCUACUGGACAUUCUCGGAGUGCAGCCCGACCGGCGGACGUUCGACCACGCGGUCUUCCGGGGGGACCUCGACUACGGCGUGCGUAAGGAAGGGGGGAAGUUGCCCAAGGGCAAGUGGGCUGCUUUAUUCCCGCCCGUCGUUCCCGAAGAACUGGACUCGGCGUGA